CGGGACCCACGGAGUGCUCGAUUGCUCGAUCAGGGACUUGCUCUGAAGUUGGUCGAUCGAUUCAUCAUAAAAUGAUCGACACGGCCUCGCACACAGCCAACUCCAGCUGGAUCGUCGAGGCUGAAUCUGAGACUUGCACGCAUCAGUCUUGGCUUUGGAUUCUUGAGCCGCAACCAUGGACGCCGGAGAGAGGCGGCGCAGUGGUGGUAUGACAGACGACGAUGAGAGCUUGCUCGCUCGUUUGUCGUGGAAAAACUUAUCGGUUUACGUCGAUCAUGACGUGCGCAUUCUCCAUGAACUUUCUGGCUAUGUUGAGCCGGGACGCAUCUGCGCUAUUAUGGGUCCUUCUGGAUCUGGGAAGUCCACUCUUCUCGAUUCUCUUGCCGGAAGAACAUCCAAGAAUACUACGUUGACCGGGGAUAUCAGGCUCAACGGCAGGAGCACUCGAGUUUCUUACGGCACUGCGGCGUAUCUGGCACAAGAAUGUGACCUCCUGGGGACGCUGACAGUCAGGGAAACUAUAUACUACUCCGCCAAGCUGAGGCUUCCGAGCAGUACAUCUGAGAAGAACCUGCAACGUAUCGUGAAAAGCACUAUUGAGGAAGUCGGACUGCAAGAUUCCAUCGAUACCCCGAUCGGAAACUGGCACCAGAGAGGACUCAGUGGCGGUGAGAAGAGAAGGGUGAGUAUCGCGAUCGCUCUACUCACCCGGCCUCGACUUCUGUUCCUCGACGAGCCUACGAGUGGAUUGGACAGCGCCUCCUCGUUCCAUGUGGUGAGCACGUUGAGAAAUUUGGCCCACGACGGACGCACCGUGCUGUGUUCGAUUCAUCAACCGAGCAGCCAGGUCUUUCAGCUAUUUGACGUCCUCUGCUUGCUCUCCAGUGGCAAGCAAAUAUACUUUGGAGAUCUGCCGGGCUCGCUGGCGUUCUUCGAGGAGGCGGGUCACCCUUGCCCGACGUUGCAGAACCCAUCGGAUCAUUAUCUGCUGUGCGUGAACUCCGACUUCGACAAAGUUCAGAAGUCUUUGCAAACUGUGCUGGAGCAUCGCAUAGAAGAACGCCAUGAAAUCGAUGAGGAAGAAGCGGUCUCUUACGUGCCAAAGUUCGAGAGCGUGGCUGCAGUAGUCAAAAGCUUGACAACUGCAUACACCGAAUCACAGAAGAAGCUCGAAGUAGUAUCGCACAUAGAGGAAAUGAAUAAGCAGGAGGGACCUUUGCUGAGCUCUAGUGGCAGUGAGGCCAACUUCUCCACGCAGGUUCUCACACUCACCAGGAGGUCAUUCACAAAUAUGAACCGAGAUUUCGGCUACUACUGGCUGAGGCUGGGGAUGUACAUCGUCCUUACCUUAGCUAUUGGUACCAUAUAUUUCAAAGCAGGAGACUCGUACACUGCGAUCGCGGCCCGAGCUGCGUGCGUGUCUUUUGUCGUCGCCUUCCUGACGUUCAUGUCAGUCGGAGGUUUUCCGUCGUUCAUCGAAGAUAUGAAGGUGUUCACGAUGGAAAGAUUGAAUGGACACUACGGCGUAGCUGCGUUUGUGAUGGGAAACACUCUUUCGUCGGCUCCCUUUCUGCUCCUGAUAUCUCUCGUAUCUACCAUCAUUGUCUACUUCCUGGUGGAUCUACACCACGGGCCAGAACAAUUCUUCUACUUCGUCCUGUCACUGUUCGCCUGCCUUUUGGUGGUGGAGAGUCUUAUGAUGGCCAUUGCAAGCCUGGUUCCCAAUUUCCUGAUGGGCAUCAUCGUCGGCGCCGGAAUUCAGGGUAUGUUCAUUCUAGUUGCAGGUUUCUACAGACUUCCAAACGAUCUGCCUGAUCCCGUCUGGCGAUACCCCAUGUUCUACAUAGCCUUCCAUCCAUACGCUUUUCAGGGAAUGUUGCAAAACGAUUUUACUGGUCUAACCUUCGAAAACAUUAACGGGCCCAGUGAGCCCCGAGUCGGCAGCGAUUACAUUCUCAGGGAUUUGUACCAAGUUACCAUGGGACGAAGCAAGUGGUGGAAUCUAGCAAUUCUUCUGCUGAUGGCUCUUCUGUAUCGGAUCCUUUUCUUCGUUCUGAUCAGAUUUGGAGAAACGUCUCUUCCAGCGAUCCGAGCCUGGAUUUCCAAUAAGUUAUACGCCCGGUCGCGUGCUGUAUCUCUCAUAGGCAGCACAACAUCUCCGCUGGGCAGUCCCAUGAGGGGCCUGUAAUAGAUUGAGAUUCGCUGAUAUGUACUACAUAUCAUGUACAUGCUCACGGUUAUGUUAAAUCCGAGUUAGACUACUGCAGUACGAUUGCAGUUUGUUACAAUAGGUGAUUAUUUGUGCACUAUCGCAGGCAUUUGUUCGUUGAAUGUUGUUAGGGAAAGACAGUCGAUGAAUGGAGUAUUAUGGAAAUAUUCCUUGUUAAUUUCACACCAUUAAUCUAAAUCUUACUUCUGAACUUGAUCGAUGGGUAUUUUGUGCGCUGUACUCUCACUUGAAUUGAUUUUUCUAAAGA